AUGAGAGCAAGAAACCAGUGGAUUCGAGCGCUGAUUGUUGGCAUCACAAUUCGCUUGAGAACGUGGCAAGUUGAAGCGACAAGUCACCACCAUCAUGACUGCAUCCACGACAGGAAAGCCGAGGUGUUUGAACGCUCAGUGGACUUAGAAUCACUCGUCGUCCCGCAGAAUUUCGUCCAAAAAGAAUUUUCAGCUCAAACUUCACCCCGCGAUUACUUUACGACUACAUUUCUGGACGUGAUCGGGCUACCGACAACGGGAACGAAUCGGAAGCUCGAAGCCACUGGAACAUCGUCUGCGUUUGAACCACUACGAAUCGCUUUCGACAUCUCGAAACUCUUCUCUGAUCCUGGCUACAAGUGCGGGAAAGUGGGCGAGAUUGUCCAAGUGGACAAUGGAGCGUACACUUGCUCGCAGGAAGAUAUCCUCACUCCUGCAAAAAAAGAGUUCCUUACGUCUGUUCUUCUCAAGGCCAUCUCCGACUACUUUGGCAGCAUUCUCUCUGUCCAACGUGUAGCAGGAAACCUGGUCGUAAAGGGGAUGUCGUGCUCCAACGAAACCGAUUGGGCGUGUUGUAGCAACUCGAUGCCCGCUUUUUACCGCUCCAACGGCGUGGCCAACGCAGAUUAUUUGCUGCACGUGACGGCACGUCCUACACUAGGAGCUGUCAUUGCCUGGGCGCUACCUUGCAACCUCGACCAGUUCGGCCGCCCCAUUUCAGGUCAAGCCAACUUCAGUCCUUCACGUUUAAAUCCUUCAGGAACGACUGGCGCGAGUCGCACUGAACAAGUAGGGACGGCUCUUCACGAGAUGACACACGCUCUGGUUUUCUCUCAACGACUUUUUGUGAACUUUCGCCAGCCACGGAAUGGACCACUCUGGAAAUAUGAGAACGUGGUUGUACAAACCCAAGGAACUGGAGGAAUUACUGUGAGCAAGAUCGUCACGCCGCAAGUUGUUCAGCAGAUUAAGCGGCAUUUUAACUGCUUCGAUUGGACAGAUGCUGGUCUGGAGCUAGAGAAUGGUGAUAACGGAGGUUCUUCGUUCAGUUCACACUGGGAGAAGCGCGUCGUUAUGAACGAGUACAUGAGUGCCAUUAGUGCGUAUGAUCCAGUCUACUCUGCUCUCACGCUGGCGCUGUUUGCGGAUAGUGGAUGCCGCUUCCGUGGGGGUACCACGAAGGGUGUGGCAUGGCGAAGUCGCGAUGUUCGCAAUGGAAUGACCGCUACAUUUGCACGGAUGAAGCACAACGUGGAUUUCAGUAUCCCUGCGGGCUUCCAGUAUUUUAAAGAUCCUCUUUUUGGCGGUCGGGACACUUUCGCAGACUAUUGUCCAUUCUAUCGCGGCUACAACAAUGGAGAUUGUCGAGGAAUUGGACGGACGUCGACAAUAUUGGAUACGAGCAAUUACAUGGAAGAAGCUGGCUUGUCUAGUAAAUGUUUCGAGUCCAGUCUGAGUCGAUCUUCCAGUGGUUCAUCAGCUUUAAGACCGACUUGCUACAAAGUACUGGAGUGCUCGUCGACAACGUUAACGUUAUCUAUCGGUGGGCUCAAAGUGCAUUGCCCUGCUGGAGGCGGAGAGAUCAAGGUUGCUGGGUAUAAAGGGAAACUGGCGACGACUGCUCUGGAAUUGAAUGUCCAAGCCACAACGAUGUUGAGUGCGGAGGGAGUUCUCAUGGAAGCUGUGAAAGGAGCACGGGGAUCUGUAAAUGCGCGAGUGGAUAUACAGGAGUAA